CCGUUCCCAGCCGGGAUGUACAAUGGGAUCGGGCUGCCGACGCCGCGGGGCAGCGGCACCAACGGCUACGUCCAGCGCAACCUCUCGGCCCUGCGGCCAAGAAAGGGGGGGCGGGCGGGGACCCCCCCCCCCGGCGAGGAGGAGCUGAGGCGCCUGGAGGCCGCCCUGGCCAAGAAGCCCAACGCCGACAUCCUCGACCACCAGCGCAAGAGGAGGGUGGAGCUGAAAUGCCUGGAGCUGGCCGAGCUCAUGGAGGAACAGGGCUACUCGGCCGAGGAGAUCGAGGCCAAGGUGGCCACGUUCCGCACCAUGCUGCUGGAGAAGGACGAGGGGCCCGGCGAGCCCGAGCAGAAACCCACGGGCACGGAGACGCACCAGCUGGCCGAGGCUAACGAGCGCAAGAACGAGCGGCUGCGCGCCGCCUUCGGCAUCAGCGACUCCUACGUGGACGGCAGCGCCUUCGACCCCGCCCGCAGGGCCAGGGAGGGGCCCCCCGAGCCCCCCGAGCCCCCCAGCGCUGCCCCCGAGGAGUCGAGCUCGCGCUCGCCGUCCCCCAAGCAGAAGAAGAAGAAGAAGAAGAAGGAUCGGGGCAGGUCCGCCAGCCGCUCCGGGGAGAGGAAGAAGAGCAAGAAGAAGAAGCACAGGUCUGAAUCCGAGGCCAAGAAGCGAAAGCACCGCUCGCCCAGCCCCAAGGCCAAGCACAAGGCCAAGGAGAAGAAGCGCAAGCGCUCCACCAGCCAAUCGCAGAAGCCGGAGCGCUCUUCCUCCCCGGCCGGCUCCUCCUCCUCCUCGGGCUCCUCCCGCAGCAGGAGCCGCAGCCGGAGCCGCUCGCGCCGCCGUCCCCGGCGCCGUCCCCCGGCGUCGCCGCCGCGGAGCCGCCGCCCGUGAGCCCCGCCCCCAGCCCCGCCCCCUCCCCGCCCCCUCCCCCGAAACGCUCCGCCCCUCCCCCUCCAUCCUCAUCCUCCUCGCGCCGCUCCCGAUCCCGCUCCCGCUCCCGCUCGCGCUCGCGGCGCCGCGCCCCCCGC